UCGUAUUCUUCACUAUCUCCUUCUCUGCAUUAGGUUCUCUUCUUGACAGAGCACAAAACGGUAAACGACGUCAUCAGUGCUAUUAUUCAUGCUGGUGAUGGCGGCGAUUGUAUUGGCAACUAUGUUUAAUAGUCUUCCGUCGUCGUAUCUCCUCUCCCACAGGGUUGGAACAGAGCUUAAGAUGAGCAACGACGAUGAUAAUCACGGAUCUGCUACUCGUCAAAGCAAAUUCACGAGUUUGUAUAUAUCAAGUCUUGAUGCCCAAGUCUCUGAAGAAAUGUUGAUUCUCAUGUUUUCGGAUUUCGGAAAGGUUCUAAGAUUGGUUCUUGCAAAGGAUUCUAGAGGAGAGUCACGAGGAUUUGCUUUCGUUGAGUUUGAAAGAGAGGAUAGUGCUGGACAAGCCAUGCUUCAUUUGAACGGAAGGUUAAUAGUAGGUCAGAAGAUUCUAUACGUUGAGAGGACACCCAAGGUCGAAGAAGGUCGAGACAUAUGAUACUCUCACACGUGGGUCACGUUACUGCUCUCGGCGUUUAGCUUCUGUGCUAUAUAUAUACUGUGAUUGAUAAUUUAACAAUAUCAUACACAACAUGUCGCCAAGUUUAAAUAGUUUUGAACAUUGAUUUACAAAAAGAAAGAUUCGAACA